AUGCAGGGCUUAGCACAGCUUCAAGGUGAUCGCCUUGAAGGUAAUGCCGCGAUAAACUAUUUUGAUAUCCUUAAUUUUCCAGAGCGUGAAGGCCGUCCGCCUAAACAAGAUGUCGAAAAAGUCUACCCCAGAAUCCGAGCAGGUAUAUUGAAGGAGAUUGCCAAAGCAAAUAAAGCUAGAGACAGAAGAAAAGUGCAAAGCCUCGAGCAAGACGCUAGAAACCUGAAAGAAGCACACGACUUUUUCACUCAGGAGGACCCAGGAAAUACUCUGUUUAAUCAGUGGGUAAAGAGGAGGGUAGCCCGGAGCCGCAUCAAACCUGAUUCUAGAAAGCCUCCUGGUAAUCCAGGCACCGAGAAUAUCCGCAUCUCAGACCCACCACUUUCCGCUGAUGGUGAAGUAUUCCGAGGAGCUGCUAAAGGGAAAGUGAGGGCGAAGAAGAAAGUGAACUUCAAACCCCUUAACGACAUAGAGUUUAUCGGUAGGGAUGAAGAAUUCGAAGCGCUAGAAUCUCCCAGCGAACAAAGGAACAGGAGGCCUGGCCAACGCGAUCAUCAUUCGAUUCCCAAAGACCGACACAACGGUAGAAUCAAGCCUGAGAUCUGGGAAAGGCUUAAAGUAUCACCUCCCCCACAAGAAGUCCAAGAUGCAUACGCUCGAUUACCCCUACUUCCCUCGGACGAGCUUGAUUUUGAAGAUUUCGCGAUAGAGGAACCAGAAGAUCCAUCGCCAUCCCAGCCGUCCUUUAGUAGCACUACGAAUCUUGACCAGACUGCGGAAACAGAACUCGGAAAUACAGAAAACCGACUAUCUCGUAAAUACAUAACUUCGGAUGGAGACAGACAAAUGGAUAAAGAUCUUAGACGCCGCCUGAACGCCUGGAAAGCUCUCAGAGAAUCGGGGAAUUUGACAAAACAACAACUCCUGCAGCGGAUGAAGGAGGGAGAGCGAAACGCUAAUCGCCAAAUAGACCUUAACGCUGAAGUUGAAGCUGUAGACGCCGCUCCUAGGGUACCCUGGCAAGAAAUAGCGCGCCAGCGAGCAUUGGAAGCACAGACGUUAUAUAGAGAACAGCAACGAAUACUGUUCGGGGCUCGGAAUAAAAGUGAUGUGGCGGAUCGGCUUAACCGUCUUGAACUCGAGACCCCUGGCUGGAUGAAGAGCGCCGGUUAUUCUUUUUGGGUCCCUGGUAUUGUAGGCCCAGAAUAUGUUGGAGCAAAACUUCUAGACGACGAAACAAAUAUCGAUUGGAAGGCCCUUAAUAUUGAAUGGCCGCCACCACCGACGGCCGAACAAAUUGCCUGGAGUGAGAGGUGGCUCCAAGAUAUUGAUGAACGCAUCCAAAGUGGAGAGCUGGGGUCGGAGGAUGAGGAGGAAGAAGGAGAAGAGAGGAAAUUGACAAGUGAAGACUUACAAGCACGGACUAAGGAAACGGAGCCAAAUACCUGGUGGAAACGGUACCAGAGAUCCUGGGUUUCGAAACUCUUGUUUGGGGAGCAUGAAAGUUUAGUUGACGGACGAGAUAUAGCAGUGGCCCCGAAGCAAUACCGUUUUAAACCCAGCGUUUACAAACUCAACGACAACUUGGAACUUGAACAUAUUUGCAGUCCCGGGGAGUCAUAUUUUGAGCAUCUUUACUUCUCCAACGAGACUUUCAUUUGGCCAGAAUCUCUUCCGAAGCCUCCAGGCAUGUCCGCCCGAGACCGAUGGAUAAUGAAACUACAAGAGACAGAUGCAUUGAGGCAUCGGGAUGGACUGCCGCCACUGGACCCAAUCCCAGGCGUCACACCAACAGACCUGCCAUACGACCCCGACCUUUUUAAUCCACCUCCAAAGCCGCAGCCGACACCGACUCCUAGUGUUAGGACGGGUCAGGCGACAUCGGAACCGCCGCUAAUAGAGGGAAGAAGCAGAAUUCAAAGGCCUAAAAUUGAGGAUUUUAUACGGGAUAGGCAAGAGCGUGGACGGCAAAAAAAUCAGAACGAGAAUCAAAAGCAGCUGAAUAAAACUGAACAUGGAAAUCAAGGAGAGUGA